UGAGCUUGGCUCCUGGCUGUCAUUAGGUAGGUAUCGCGACGUCAGCCGGGCGACGCGGGGGGCCUCCGGGUACGGACUGUGGGCGUGGCCGUUGCACCAGUCGCGUCGCCUGCAGCGCAAGGAAGUGAAAGUAGCAGAGAGACGACCACGACAGAGAAAGGGUCGAGUCGGAACCCCAGGAUUCAGCAGCACUUUACCAUCGGAGUUCAGACCACAGAACUGAUCUUACAUCGGAUGUAAGAUCGCAAAACAAGCUGCAACACUUUCCCAUCGGAUUUAAGGCGUAUCCGUCUCGCUGGGGUUAGAAUAGACCGAGGUUGCAAAGUGAUCUGGGGUUAGAACAGACCGGGGUUGAACAGUGAUCUGGGGUUAGAACAGACCGGGGUUGAACAGUGAUCUGGGGUUAGAAUAGUCCGGGGUUGAACGAUGAUCUGGGGUUAGAAUAGUUCGGGGUUGAACAGUGAUCUUGAGUUAGAAUAGUCCUGGUUGAACAGUGAUCUGGGGUUAGAAUAAACCGGGGUUGAACAGCGAUCUGCAACAACAGGUUGUUCAGUGAGUGGAACUCCAAAUGCGUGCGGGUAUUCCGUGACAUGCUGGACAGGAACUGGUCGUGACUUCAACAUGAUGAACGGUAAGAGCCGUCUGCAGUGGGCGGAGGAGGAGGUGUCGGAGGUGAAGGGCAUCAUGAUGGACAACCUGAAGAAGGCCGACGAGAGGGCCGGCAAACUGGAGGACCUGGAGGACCGGGCCGAGGACAUGCUGGCCAAGAGUAAAAGUUUCGAGAAGACCACCCAGAAGGUGAAGCAGAAGAAGCGCUGGGAGAACAUGAGGACGAAGAUGGUGCUGGUGGGGGUGGGGGUGGCUGCCCUGCUCAUCGUCAUAGGCAUCAUCAUAUACUACAUCGUCAGGUCCACCAACGGAGGGGAGUAGCUUCGAUGCUAACCCGAUGCUAACAGGAAAGGGUUCCCUUCCCUGAGGAAGUUCCGGUGAGCGGCAAGGCUGAGACCUCGGACCAAGACGAUGUUUUGGUGUUGAUGCUGCUCGUUCAGAUUCAUUCUUUGGUUUGAGGGUUGUAAAAAAAAAAGGCCUUCAAAGCUGUUGUAGGUAAGAUUUGAGAAUAGGAAGGAGAGAGAGAGAGAGAACCAAUCAGGAGACAGGCUCUGAUUGGUGAGGAAUGAGCAGGCUCUCAUAGAGGCAGGUCCAACCAGGGCAGGUCUUCUCACAGAGCAUUUGACUCACUAACAGCGGAUCGAUGGCGAAGGCAUUUCCAACUAAUUACACUCAAAUGACAGUUUUAAGAUCUUACCUACAGCGCCUUUGAAGACUCUCCUAAUCAUUGUAUGUACUUUUAAGUGUGUUUGUUUUUUAAUAUGGUACCAUCAGCUGCUUCUGCUUAAAGAGAACUGGUAAAAGACAUUAUUCCCCAGAGAUCUGGAGGAGAGAUGCUUCACUGACCACCACGUCACCGAGUAAAAACCUGUGUUCUAGGGGAACAUGUACAACAAAUUGUAACACCUGUCUUGUAAAAUAGUAAUCUCCAUACAAUCCAAUCCUAGUAGACAUUGUUGCUCAAUUACAUGACAUUUUUUGGUUUAGGCUUAACUAUACUCAAAUUUCCGUCUUUAUUUUGGAUAUCCUUCACUCGAAUGUUUCAACAUAGAAAGUGAAACAAAUAAGGGAGAAGUAUGAAGUAUUGGGGUUUUUUAUUGAGGUGAAUGAGGAAGGAAGUAAAGGAAUAGACCAGUUUCACUUGGUUUUGUUUUUGUUGAAAUUAAACCAGGCUCUUCACCCAGUCAGGUAUUGUGGAUGGAGAAUAAGCUAACUCCUUAAUAACUGAUGGAGAAUCAGUUACAACAAAUAACCCUUCCUCUUUCCUUUCUUUUAGCACUAUAGUACUGAUCUCAACUUGCCGUGAUGUCAUUUGCAUUACUUUCAGAAUGUAGCGUGUCUUUGACGUUAAGUCCUUAAAGAAAAAGAGAGCUCUGAUGAUGAUAGAGUUGAUGUGAGAGUUGGGGGCUCUGUUGAGGUGAGAGUUGUGAGAGCUCUGUUGAUUUGAGAGUUGUGAGAGCUCUGUUGAUGUGAGAGUUGUGAGAGCUCUGUUGAUUUGAGAGUUGUGAGAGCUCUGUUGAUUUGAGAGUUGUGAGAGCUCUGUUGAUUUGAGAGUUGUGAGAGCUCUGUUGAUUUGAGAGUUGUGAGAGCUCUGUUGAUUUGAGAGUUGUGAGAGCUCUGUUGAUUUGAGAGUUGUGAGAGCUCUGUUGAUUUGAGAGUUGUGAGAGCUCUGUUGAUUUGAGUUUUGUGUACAAACUUUGCUGCAGAGCAAACAGCCAACUGAGCUCCAAACACAGAGACACUUUUGUGUUUAAUUUUAGUCUGGCUUCUAUUCUCAGCGGUGUUUUGAUUUUUCUUGUUUUUGAUCUCUGAAUGUAUAAAUAUCUCAUAGCCCACAGUUGAAUAAAUAAAUAUAUAUAGAUAGAAAAAAUGUAUGUUACAUUUUUCUGUAUCUGUCGGCUUUGUCAAAAUGUGUACUUCCCCCAAACUUUCUAUGAACCCUGUAAGGAGAAGUCCAUUUCUUUCUCAUCCUUUUCUUUCGGUUUAUUCUUCUCAUCUGUUAUUGUAUAAUUAUAUUAGUAUUAUAUUAUUAGUAUUAUCAUCAUACAGCAAUAGGCUACAUUUAGAUAUUAGUAAUCCAGUAGGAGACACUACAAUCCAUACCAAACCCAACGAC